AGCACACUUUUGACCGCGAGCUGCGUGAGUUGUUGCACGUUUGUUUUGGGUGUAGAGUUUUCGGUUGGUACCAUAUUAUGAGUGAUGACAAGCGAAUAGUGCCUUGGAUUGACGCCAAUGAAUUUAGUAAUGUCGCCAGACAUGUAUCAUCAAUGGAGGUCUGUGAAUUGGAUAUGGCUCGUAAGGCUAUAGAAGUAUGGUUGUGUCGAAUGCCGGCGUCAAAAAUACCUAGAUCCAUAGUUUGUACUUAUGAACUUCUGAAUGGCUACCUUGAGCGUUCAAGUCAAAGUAUGGCUUUAGCUCUUAUGAGGUUCGUAUCGUUAGUGUCCAGUGAGUCUCAAGAUCGUGAGAGACCAAGUUUUGCACUCCCAAUUUUGUCACUUGCACGCAAGGCCGGCCUACCAAGCUGGUUGGCUGAUCUCCGCAAUGACGUAGCACAUGGAACAAUGCCAUCAACUGAUGUAUUAGAGAGUGCGUUUUGGUGGUCUUUGAGGUAUUUAGGGGAUUUCUGGAUGUUGAAUGUGAAGUACCAUGAAGAGAGAAUGAUCGAGUUGGGAAAUAUGUUGAAGAGUUACAGCUCAAUGAUCUGCAGCUAUUUGGAGAGAUUGUUGCAGGGGGAGGAGAUAGCUAUGCAAUCAGACCUCAUAGAAGCCUUCACUAGUCGAUUGUCUCCGUUGUGUUUACUGUAUGUCACUGAUCACGUAUGUUACCAUGGAUGUGAUUUGCUAGCAAGUGGGUGUGCAUUGGGCGAUAUUGUCGAAAUCCAAGCCAAGAAUUUAAAACCUCUGCUCAGUUUCCUCCAGUCCUACAAACUUCUCAAUGAGCUGGUGAUGCAAUUUAUAUUGGGUCUUGAAGAUGAUGACUCCUCGUUCAUGGACAUUCGAUUGAGUUGGUGUGUCGGUUGGGUGAAGGCAAUCAGUCACAAGUCUGGUGGGACUAUUCUGUGCGAUUAUGUAGACAAAUUAGUGAUUGACUGGAGGUUAGCGUUUAACCAUGUUCUGAAUUGUGUGUGUGAUAAGUUUGAGGAAUUAGUUGUUGCUUUGUUGUCAACUCGCGACCCACCAGUGUCAGAUGAAAAAUUGGAGAUGAUAAAGAGCCAUAUUAACGUGUUUUACGGCUACGGGAUUUCUAACGUACAUGAGGAUAUUCGAACUGGGCCUCAACCGAGGUCCCAAUGGAACCUCUCGAAGUCAUUAUCGUGGUCAGAGAAGCCGCUUGGAGCGCUAAUGAAUUUACGUAAUAACUUGUAUUCUUUGACUUUUAUUUCAGCUCAAGAUGCCUCGACAAGUGGACAACAUAAAAGAGUUCCUGCACAUGACACAGAGGGCGGACGCCAAAUCUGUUAAAAUCAAAGAGAAUAAGGACAACGUCAAAUUCAAAAUUCGAUGCAGCCGAUUUUUAUACACCCUCGUCGUAGUUGAAAAGGAAAAAGUUGGAAAGAUUAAACGUUCACUACCCCCAAAUCUCACUGUCAAAGAACUGUAAUGUGCUGUUAACAAAUAAAUUCUUUGAGAACGG